AUGAUGAUGAUGAGCGGUCGAGCGGGCGGCGGGGCCACCACCGCGGGGCGGUACCCGUUCACGGCGUCGCAGUGGCAGGAGCUGGAGCACCAGGCGCUCAUCUACAAGUGCCUGGCGUCCGGCAAGCCCAUCCCGUCCUACCUCAUGCCGCCGCUCCGCCGCAUCCUCGACUCCGCCCUCGCCACGUCGCCGUCCCUCGCCUUCCCGCCGCAACCCUCGCUGGGGUGGGGCUGCUUCGGGAUGGGCUUCAGCAGGAAGCCCGACGAGGACCCGGAGCCCGGGCGGUGCCGGCGGACGGACGGCAAGAAGUGGCGCUGCUCCAAGGAGGCGUACCCGGACUCCAAGUACUGCGAGAAGCACAUGCACCGGGGCAAGAACCGUUCAAGAAAGCCUGUGGAAAUGUCCUUGGCCACGCCGGCGCCGGCCUCCGCCGCCUCAUCCGCCACAAGCGCCACCGCCACCGCCGCCGCCGCCACCACCACCUCGUCCCCGGCGCCGUCAUACCACCGCCCGCCCCCCGCCGCGCACGAUUCGUCGCCGUACCACGCGCUGUACGGCGGCGGCGGCAGCCCUUACUCGGCCUCGUCGGCGCGCCCAGCCGGUGGCGCCGCCGCGUACCAUCAUCACGCGCAGGUGAGCCCCUUCCACCUCCACCUCGAGACCACCCACCCGCACCCGCAGCCGUCCUACUACUCCGUGGACCAGAGGGACUACGCCUACGGGCACGCCGCCAAGGAGGUCGUCGGCGAGCACGCCUUCUUCUCAGACGGCGCGGCCGACAGGGACCGCCAGCAUGCCGCGGGCCAGUGGCAGUUCAAGCAGCUCGGGAUGGACACGAAGCCGAGCCCCACGUCGCUUUUCCCCGUCGCAGGGUACGGCAACAGCGGCGCUGCGUCGCCGUACGGCGUUGAUCUGGGGGCCAAGGAAGACGACGAGGAGGAAAGGCGGCGCCAGCAGCAGCAGCACUGCUUCAUUCUCGGUGCCGACCUGCGGCUGGAGCGGCCGUCGGGCCAUGACACCGCCCCCGCGCAGAAGCCGCUCCGGCCCUUCUUUGACGAGUGGCCGCACGAGAAGGGAAACAAGGCGGGGUCGUGGAUGGGCCUCGACGGCGAGACGCAGCUCUCCAUGACCAUCCCCAUGGCCGCUAACGACCUCCCCGUCACCUCCCGCUACCGUAAUGGUGCGCACUAUGAGUGA